CUUGACUGCCUGGCCAAACCCCAUCUGCCUCCUCUCCUUCCUCGGUCAUUCGCUCCGUUCUGUUCGGUUCCCCAGGGCAAGACAAUGUCUACAAACGGAACGGCUCCAGGAACCGUCGAUUUGACCAAGGCCGAUGGCUCCCUUGACACUCACAAGCUCAUUGGCAUCAUCCUGGCCUGCUCGUCGGCGUUCUUUAUCGGCUCAUCCUUCGUGCUCAAGAAGAAGGGUCUGAUCAACUCCGGGACUCUGUCGCUCAAGGAUGGCAGCUCCGAUCAUGCGUAUCUGAAGAACUGGCUCUGGUGGACCGGCAUGGUGCUCCUUCUUCUUGGAGAAGUAUGCAACUUUGCUGCCUAUGCCUUCGCACCAGCCAUUUUGGUCACGCCUCUCGGCGCCCUGAGUGUCGCCAUUAGCGCGAUCUUGGCGUCCUUUUUCUUGGGCGAAAAGCUCAACUUCUCCGGCAAGGUCGGAUGCAUGCAGUGCAUCCUCGGCUCCAUGGUUGUGGUCCUGAAUACCCCGGAGGCCCAGCCCUUCACCGUCAUCGAGUUCUACGAAAAGAUUGUGGACCCAGUUUUCAUUCCCUACUCCGUCAUCAACGUGAUUGUCAUCUUUGUACUGAUCUUCUGGGCGAGCCCCAAGUACGGCCACAAGUUCCCGAUCGUCCACAUCUCGAUAUGCUCGCUCAUCGGUGGCUUUGUCGUCGUCGCCACCCAAGCCCUCGGCUCCGCCAUCGUCGUGUCCGCCUCUGGAAACAACCAGUUCACCCAGUGGCAGGUCUACCCGCUGAUUCCCUUUGUCGCUGGAUGCGGCGUGACCCAGAUCAACUACCUGAACAAAGCCCUCAACGACUUUUCGACAGCCGUCGUUACCCCGAUCUACUAUGUGUUCUUCACGACAUCGACUUUGAUCUGCUCCUCGAUUUUGUUGAAACAGUUCUUUACUUUCCCUAAUUUUGCCACGGGUGCGACGGCCCUGAUCGGAUUCCUUGUGAUUGUCGGAGGUGUUGCACUGCUGUUCCAAUACUCCAACAAGCUGGCAAAGGAGGAGCUCGCUCGCUCGCCAACGACCAGCACCUAUGAGCUGGAGGGCAUCAACAACGGCGAUCCCAGGGCGCUGUUGCAGAAUGCCUCGCCCCUCACCGACCGCAUCAGCCCCUCGAGUAUCGACCCGGACAAAGUCAAGCGCGCGACAUCUCCCACCGCGGGCAACCUGAGAAACCGCACGACUGACCCGUACAUUUCACCAGACCGGAGCGUGCACGACCUCAGCCAAUCGACCGAGAGCAUAUUGCCCCAGAGCGAUCCCUAUCAUUCGUCGGCCGAAACCAUCCCGGCCCUGACGAUCGGGAAUCCGCACGGCGAGCCCAUCGCUCCCCCGAAGAGCAAAAUCAUCGGCUUUGGGGCCGGAGUCCAGUCGUCCUGAGAUGCCCCUGUGUAGCUUCUGAUGCCUGCAAAUCCACGAGGCCGUGCACAACUUGCUUGGCACAGCUCCUUUCCCUCCCUCUCUUUCCUUGCUUCCUUCCUUGCUUCCUUCUGCUGUCUGCACUCUUUCCCCCUCCUCGUCUCCUUUGCCAUUGGCACUCCACAGCCAUCCGCCCCCCUCCUCCCUUUCCCGCUCGGCCAUCCAUGCAUGGUCCCCUUCUCAACCACCCAUCUUGGUUCCCGGUCAUCACUGGGAUGCUCCCCCAAUCAACAAAGAUUGCAUCGGCUUUGGCCAAA